AUGAGCUUAUCGCCCGAGAUCAGCCUCGCGCUCCAGCGCAUAACGGCUUGCAACAAAAGUGAGCGCUUGUUGAUGGUGGUCCAUGACGACCUCAUCAAAAGUUUACAAGCGAGUCAGACCGCGGUGAAGUACGCCCAUGAAGCGUGGACGCAGCUUGAGCGAUUGGAUGUGGACGUGAUGUCCAUCGGAAAAUUGGUCGAUUUUGUUGACCGGCGCAAGUUGCGCACGGCUUUCAAGGACUCGAAAGUGCUGAUGCGCGACAGAGUGGUUUGGCAAGCUAUGGGCCGUUUCCGCACCAUGUUGGACACACAGGUCUUGAUGCAGUACCUAGCGGUCGUUGUCGACGGCGAUCACACACGGCUGAGUCAACUGCGGAAUGCGUACUAUAAGGUACAGUCUGAUGUCGUUGCCGAGGUGAUGGCGAACUACUACAGUUGGGAGAAAUUCGUUCGGAAUGUAUGCGGCAAUAUGGAAGACGACGACAUGCAGGCCGUGCUCAUGAAUCUAGAUUCCCAUGCGCAGUCCCUAGCCGACACGACCCCCGACAUUCCAAGGAUGACAGUUGAUGCCGCGGCGCUCCAGUCGUCCCUUGCCGAACUUGGACGCGUUCUGGCCUACCCGCCCUUCCUGGACCUCGUGCAUGAGGCCCUCAAGCUGAGUAACAGGUGGAGCCUCGUUGCUGUCCAGCAUUCAGUUGCGGCGUGGGCUCGGCUGCACAACGACGUCCAGGGAAGUGGGCUACUUUCGUGUGACGACGGCACUCGGAAGUUCCGCAAGCUCGACGCUCUCCUUCAGGAAGAGGUGUUAUGCACGUGCUAUGCGUUUCUCGGCAAGGACGGUGUGGCAGACAUUGGGAUGGUUGAUCAGGUCAUUCGCGAACAAUACGAGUCGAAGAGAGACAAGCCGCUGCUGGACAUGGAGGCCUUUCUCACGAAGCUGCACAGAACACAUUCGCACUUCCAGAAGGCACUUCUCACAGAGCUAA